UAACCAAACUUUUUUUCAAAAUAAUCUUUUCCUCUUGCAACUUGGAAAGUGUGAGGCAAUUUUGCAUUUUCUAUAACUACACGUUCUCUCAAAAUCCCAAUUAAACACGGAAAUAUUUUAUCAUAAUGACCACAAUAAUUGGAAAUGAAAAUAACCCGUCCACCCUCAAAUUAAUCCUGUCAAACAACUUGGCCAACAAAAAAUAUCCAGUCGACCUAAAAGGGCCAAAUGAGGACUGCCCUUAUUUGCCGUAUUUAGCAUUAGAAUCUGGCGAAAGUAUUUUCAGUCCGAACGCAGCAAUAUGGUUACUGUUGCCACCUCCUGAUAACAUGUUGGGAAAAGUUAGGGAAAUACUGGAAUUGGAAUCAAUAAUUUUGGCACCUUCUCUAGCAGCUCUUUUAGGAAAUAAUAUAAAAUCGGAGAAAUUGAAAAGUUCAGUAUUGUCAGCUUUACAAAAAUUGAAUGCUGAUUUGGGAGACAGUAAUUUUUUUAUAAAGGACACUUUAACAAUAGCUGACGUUUCAGUAUUUUCCACUUUAUAUCCAAUUUUCAAAACGGAAAAGCUUUCGAAAGAUUAUUUAAUUGAAUCAAAAAAUCUCGUUCGCUGGCUCGGAAUAUUAGAAGGCCUUCCUGUAGUUAAAGAAUCAAUAGAAACUGUUUUUAAUCAAAAACCCAAUAUUGGAGCUCAAUCUUAUCAAGUAUUAAUGCAAAGUUCCAAAUAUCCCAUUCCACAAGUGCAAGACUUGAAACAAUCUCCCACAACGGAAAAGGAUUCUCCCAAACACGAAAUUGAAAAUGUUACUCCUGAAGAAAUUCAGGCAGCUGAAAUUGCUUGGAAAAAAGACCUGAAGACAUUGUCAAAAUUGAAAAAUCCUGAAAAAGUUGUACUACCAAAACCAGGUGAAAAAAAUGUAUUUAUAACUUCUGCACUGCCCUAUGUUAACAAUGUACCUCAUUUGGGUAAUAUUAUCGGUUGUGUCCUUUCUGCCGAUGUUUUUGCCAGAUAUUCACGUUUGUGCAAUAAUAAUACUUUAUUUAUUUGUGGCACGGACGAGUACGGCACUGCCACUGAAACCAAAGCUUUAGAAGAAGGUUUAUCGUGUCAAGCUAUUUGUGAUAAAUACUUUAAAAUUCACGAGGAAAUUUAUAAAUGGUUUAAUAUUAGUUUUGACCAAUUUGGUAGGACCUCUACACCGUUCCAAACAGAAAUCACUCAAAAUAUGUUUUUGCAACUCAGUCACAAUGGAUUUAUGUUCACUCAAUCGGUAGACCAAUUACACUGUGAAAAAUGUGAUCGCUUUUUAGCUGAUAGAUUUGUUGAAGGUGGAUGUCCAAAUAUCGGUUGUACUUAUGAAGACGCUCGAGGAGAUCAGUGCGACGGCUGUGGUAAACUUGUAAACGCCAUAGAAUUGAAAAAUCCUAGAUGUAAAAUUUGCAAAAACACUCCCAAAGUAAAGACGUCCUGUCAAUUUUUUAUCGAUUUGCCCAAGUUGGAACCGUUGUUGCACCAUUGGAUUAAGGAAUCCAGUUCGGGAUGGUCUCAUAAUGCUGAAGUUAUUUCUAAGGCUUGGCUUAAAGAGGGAUUGAAGCCAAGAUGUAUUACUAGGGAUCUUAAAUGGGGGAUUCCCGUACCGCUUGAUGGUUUUAGGAAUAAGGUUUUCUAUGUAUGGUUUGAUGCUCCAAUGGGCUACCUUUCAAUUUGCAAAUCCUACACUGAAGACUACGAAAAAUGGUGGCGUCCAGCCAAUGAUACUCAGGUCAAACUUUAUCAAUUUAUGGCUAAAGACAACGUACCGUUCCAUGGAAUUCUAUUUCCGGCCAUCCUAUUAGGAGCCAACAAAAAUUACCUAACUGUAUCCCAUAUAAUGGCUACGGAAUAUUUGAAUUAUGAAGAUGGUAAAUUUUCCAAGUCUCGGGGGAUUGGAGUUUUUGGCAAUGACGCAAGAGACACUAAGAUUCCUAGUGAUGUGUGGAGAUUUUAUUUGUUGUAUGUUAGGCCAGAAGCUCAAGAUUCCUGCUUUAGCUGGGUGGAUUUGGCUACCAAAAAUAAUUCGGAGUUGUUAAAUAAUUUGGGAAACUUUAUCAACAGAGCUUUAAUUUUUGUUAAAAACAAUUUUAAUAAAACCAUUCCCAAAAUGGAGCUUAACAGUGAAGAUUAUACUUUGCUAGCUCUAUGUACUAAGGAGCUUAAAGGAUACAUGGCCUCACUAGAAAAAUGCAAAUUAAGGGAUGGUAUUAGGCAUAUUUUAGCUAUUUCAAGACACGGGAAUCAGUAUAUGCAAGUAAAUCAACCUUGGGUUAGAAUCAAGGAAGGUGAACAAGGAAAAUUAAGAGGUGGUACUGUAGUAGGUUUAUGUGCAAAUUUAGCUUGUCUACUAGCCACUUUAAUUCUCCCAUAUAUGCCUGAAACUAGUUCAAAAUUGAAGUCCCAAAUAAAUUGUAAAGAUGUUGUUUUGGAUGCUGAUAACAUCCAAAUUGUAAAUCUUUUACCAACUGGACAUCAAAUCGGCGAUCCGCAACCUUUGUUUGAAAAAAUCGAACCCGAACUAAUUGAAGAAUACAAAAAGAAGUUUGCCGGUUCUCAAGAAUCCAGAAACUCUCCGCCUAAAAAUAAUGUGCAAUUAAACUUCAAUGGUGUCGAUAAAGACAUGUUGGAAGAAGCUGUUGCUAAACAAGGCAUGGUGGUUCGGAAACUCAAAGAAGGUGGAGCUGAUAAAUCAAUUUGGCAACCAGAAGUUAGUAAAUUGUUAGCAUUAAAACAACAACUAAUAAAAAUAAGUAGUGAAGAUGAUGCAAAGAAGAAACCAACAAAUAAGCUCGACAUUAAGGCAUUAGAAGAAGAAGUAACUAAACAAGGAUUGCUUGUGAGAAAACUUAAAGAAGGAGGUGAAGCAAAAUCGGUUUGGGAACCAGAAGUUAAGAAGUUACUGGCUCUUAAGCAACAAUUAGCCGAAGCCAGUGGAGUACCUGUACAACCUCCACAAAAAGGGAAAAAAGGAAAAAAGUAGCUUUAGUUUUUUCAAUUUCGGUUAGUGAUCAAACAUUGCAGUAUUUUUUACUGUCUAAAAGUUAUUUAUUUAUUUAACUUAUUUACAUAAUUGCUAUGUAGUUUAUGUGUAAGUGAAAAUCUGUGCAAGUCAAAAUAAAUUCAAUACAAGUA